AAUCUCUAUGGUAAUUACUGUACAUGACGGAACAGUAGGAGGUGUGUGUUGUGUAUUUGUGUGAAAAAUGCAAGCUAUUAAGUGUGUCGUUGUUGGAGAUGGAUUGUGGAAUGAGCUGUUUGGCAUGUGGUACUGCUGAGGCUGGAGGUGUGGUUUGCGACCCACGAGUGGCACGGAUCGCUUGUCGUGGUGUUGGUAUGCGUGUAAACAAGUGCGGUGAGGUCGGCUACCGGGAGAGCAGAGCUGCUGUGGGGGCACCACCAAGGUCGCAGCUUGCUCGUCCCAUUGUGACCUUCGUACCGCAUCUCGAGUACCUUACAAAUCUCUGCUGCAGUAGUUUCGCCGUGGGUAAAACCUGCCUGCUGAUCAGCUACACCACGAAUGCCUUCCCUGGGGAGUACAUACCUACAGUGUUUGACAACUACUCUGCAAAUGUCAUGGUGGAUGGGAAGCCCAUUAACCUAGGACUGUGGGACACGGCAGGCCAAGAGGACUACGACAGACUCCGGCCCCUCUCGUACCCUCAAACGGACGUGUUCCUGAUCUGCUUCUCGCUGGUGAACCCCGCCUCCUUCGAGAACGUGCGGGCGAAGUGGUACCCCGAGGUGAGGCACCACUGCCCCUCCACCCCCCUCAUCCUGGUGGGCACCAAGCUGGACCUGCGGGAGGACAAGGAGACCAUCGAGAAGCUCAAGGACAAGAAGCUGGCCCCCAUCACGUACCCGCAGGGGCUGGCCAUGGCGAAGGAGAUCGGCGCGGUCAAGUACCUGGAGUGCAGCGCGCUCACGCAGAAGGGCCUCAAGACGGUGUUUGACGAGGCCAUCCGAGCCGUGCUCUGCCCCAUCCUGCAGGUGAAGCCCAAGAGGAAGUGCAUCAUCAUCUAAGCGAGGACCGGCUCCGUGUUGUGACGAGAGAACUGUCUGAGGACGCGAGGCGGCCCGGGCCGUCUCUGGCCCCGUCCGCCGCGGCUUGGCGCUCGCUGCUGUUCGGUCAGGUCUUAACACAUUUCUUUUUGCUUCUCAACGUUACUUUCAGCUGCGCAAGAUGUUCAACUCCCCUGUUCACAUGUGGUUUUGUUUGUUCAGAGAGCAUGUAUUUUUGUAUUGUACAAAGCAGUGAUUUAAUUAUCAGUAUAUUUGACUUGUUAUGUAGGGUUUACACACUUCUGAAGGUUGUGUUAUAACUUUAGAAAUAUAAAAUAUCAUUUCUUUUUUUUUGGGAGUACAUAGUGUGUGAAAAUUUCUUUAACAGUUUUAUAGAAAAGUUAGGCACGUGGAAAAAUAACGUAAUUUCUACUUCACCCGCAUUUCUUUAGUUCCUUAAUUUUAGUUACUGUGAUGGAUGGUAAUUGAUGCUAGGGUUAACAUAACAGAAGUAUGUUUGAUGAAACACGUGGCUUCCGAGCAUUAAUAUUAUUACUAAAGCGUUACAGCAGAUACUUUGUAAUCAUUUGUAACAGUGGACCCAUUGGCAGUGGAAGACAUUAGAGAGAUUUUAACAGCAUGACAUCAAGGGUUGUUGGCGUGGUGGGAAUUGGAUUGCAUACAACUAGUGAUAAGAAUUAUGAUUUAUGAUUGUUGGAAUUUUAUUGUCAGAGCAUAAAUCCAGAUUGCAGUGUUACGUCCUAUAGUGCUAACAGAAAAUUUAGGAAUAAUAUUUUUACAAUUUAUGUGUCUUUCAGUAUCUGUUUGUAGUGAUCAUUUAUUUUCAAAUAGCUUAACUGAUAUGCAAUGCUUCCUUCUACACUAUACCUUUAUUAAACAGUUUUUUGUAGAAUUGUGUUGUUAUUGUAAUGAAUAAAUAAACACCGAAAGAGUUGUAUCAGAAAAGUCACUCUGGAAUAAUAUAAUUUUGCUUCUCAUAAUUAAUAUUUAUAAUUUUUUGUGCACAUAUUCAUUGAAUGUAACAAAGUAUAUGACUGCAGUUAGUUUGUAAAGUAUUGAAAUUUAACAAAUUUACUAAGCAAAGAUGUAUUUUGAGGAAAUGUAGCAUUAAGUUAAAAGCUAUUAAUUGUUUUCCUCCGAGAGUAAAAUGCUGUAACUCUAUAAAAUAAUCACACUGUUGGUUCAAAUUAUGUUUGGUUGAAGUAAUAUUUAUAUAAUUUCGCUUUUGUUUGUGCAAGUGUACAUAUUGAAUAAAGCUAUGAAUACAUUUGUUGAA